ACGCUCGAAUAUCUCGUGCUAGUUCAUACUGAUCUUGUUUACGCCUCCAGUUAUGGAUUCGGCUAGGAGUUGGCUGCAGAAACUCCAGCAAAGAGAAAAGGUUUCAAAGAAGAAAGAGCAGGGACUGAAUGGCGUCGAUGAGAGUUAUGAAGAAGAGCAUUCCAGUGCAACGAGGCAAAGGGUAGCUACAGCCAAACAAUACAUAGAAAAUCAUUACAAGGAGCAGAUGAAAAAUUUGCAAGAACGCAAGGAAAGACGAUGUAGUCUGGAAAAGAAGCUAGCUGAUUCUGAUGUUUCGGAAGAAGAACAACUCAAUAUUCUUAAGUAUCUCGAGAAAAAGGAGACAGAGUAUAUGCGCCUUCAAAGGCACAGAAUGGGAGUGGAUGAUUUUGAACUACUCACAAUGAUAGGGAAAGGUGCUUUUGGGGAGGUCUGGGUUUGUAGGGAGAAAGACACUGGUAAUGCGUAUGCAAUGAAGAAGCUUAAGAAAUCUGAAAUGUUACGUCGAGGUCAGGUUGAACAUGUUAAAGCUGAAAGGAAUCUUCUAGCAGAGGUCGAUAGGAAUUGUAUAGUGAAGCUAUACUUCUCCUUCCAAGACAAUGACUACUUGUAUCUGAUUAUGGAGUAUCUACCUGGUGGUGAUAUGAUGACAUUGCUUAUGCGAAAGGAUACAUUGAGCGAGGAUGAAGCCAGAUUCUAUAUUGGUGAAGCAGUUCUAGCUAUCGAGUCUAUUCAUAAGCACAAUUACAUUCACAGGGAUAUAAAGCCUGAUAAUCUACUACUAGACAGAUAUGGCCACCUUAAGCUUUCAGAUUUUGGAUUGUGUAAGCCAUUGCAUUGUUAUUUUCCGAAUUUGCAAGAAAAGGACACCAAUGUUGGAAAGAACUCUAGUUGUUCUCCUCAACUCAGUGAACAGCCAUCUUUACCGAAACGCACUCAACAGGAGCAGCUAGAGCACUGGCAAAAGAAUAGGAGGUCAUUGGCAUACUCUACGGUUGGUACGCCUGAUUACAUUGCUCCAGAAGUCCUACUGAAGAAGGGUUAUGGGGUGGAAUGUGAUUGGUGGUCACUAGGAGCCAUCAUGUAUGAAAUGCUUAUCGGUUAUCCUCCAUUUUAUUCUGAUGAACCUAUGGCAACCUGCAGAAAGAUAGUUAAUUGGCGAACACACCUGAAGUUCCCUGAAGAAGCAAAACUAUCUCCCGAAGCGAAAGACUUAGUCAGUAGACUCUUGUGCAACGUUGAACAACGACUUGGCACGAAAGGGGCUGAUGAGAUAAAGGAUCACCCUUGGUUCAAUGGUGUUGAGUGGGACAAACUUUACGAAAUGGAGGCCGCAUUUAUACCCGAGGUGAAAGAUGAACUGGAUACCCAAAACUUUGAAAAGUUCGAAGAGUCUGACAGCCAAAUUCAAUCUUCAUCUAAGUCAGGCCCCUGGAGAAAGAUGCUUUCAUCCAAGGAUUUGAACUUUAUGGGAUACACAUAUAAAAACUUUGAAAUAGUCAAUGAUGGAGAAGUGCCUGGAAUGACUGAACUGAAGAAGAAGGGCAAAUUGAGGAAGCCAAGUAUCAAAUCUCUCUUUGAGUGUCCAGAAACAGAGGAGCUGCAAGAUGAACUCAUUCAAGCGCAUUCGCUCAGUAGUUCGCCUAACCGACUAGAAGCCUCAAAAAGCCAGAGGGCAGCCUCACCAUAA